AUGGAUCUGGCCUUCAGCUGGAUUCCCAUUGUUUUCCUUAUAGCUUUCUUGAUGAGUUUGAACAUCAUCAAGAAGAAAUGGAAGAAGGAAGAGAUCAGAAAUGCAAUCAAGAAAAAGCUGCCACCAGGGCCAAGGAAGCUACCCAUCAUUGGAAAUUUGCAUAAUUUGAUGGGUCCACUUCCUCAUCAUGCUCUCAAUAAUUUAUCCCAAAAAUAUGGAGAUUUGAUGCAUCUUCAGAUGGGAGAAGUUUCAGCCAUUGUUGCAUCAUCUCCACGUCCUGCAAAAGAUAUUCUUAAAACUCAUGAUCUCGCUUUUACAAACAAGAAAAUCCUCCUACAACAAAAUGUCCGGUCAUUUGGUUCGAUUCGCCAAGACGAGGUCUCAAAACUCGUGGCUUCGAUUCGGGAACAAGCCCUGAUGAUGCAAUCAAAACAAGGUAUCAAUGUGACCAAAAAAGUUUCCUCGUACACUAGUUCGAUGGUUUGUAAAGCGGCAUUUGGACGAGCAUUUGGAGAGGAAUAUCGCGACAAAUUGGUGAAGUAUCAAAAGGAAGUCUUAGCUUGGACGAGUGGGUUUGAUGUUUCUGAUAUUUUCCCAUCUUUGAAAAUUCUUCAUCACUUAAGCUUGAUGAAGCCUAAGCUGGCAAGGUUGCAUACAAAAAUUGAUGAAAUUUUGGACACCAUAAUCCAAGAGCAUAUUGAAAAUCCAGUUGGAAGCAACAGUGAGUUCAACCAAUUAAGAAGAUCUGGUUGA